AGGCCAAAUAAAUCGAGCGGUCGCCCGCGGCUCACCGUCACCGGCUACCGACAACUCCAUGGCUUCCGCAACCCGAGCCGCCCUCCUCCCCUCGCCAUCUCUUCUGCGGUCCGCCUCCGCCGCUCUUUUACUGCCGCCUCCGAUGAUCGCCUCCUCCCGGCGAACCAUUUCUUCUCCAUCUCGGCGCCUGCUCCUCCACCCCGCCGUCAAACCCACUCGGGCGGACCUGCCCACGUUCCGAGUCCGAGCCGCGAGAACCGAGUCCGGUUCUGUCUCUCUCGGCUUCAGAGCUCCCCAUUUCGAGCUGCCGGAGCCCUUGACGGGGAAAGUGUGGACUUUGGAUGAUUUCGAGUCUUGCCCUGCGCUUCUGGUGAUGUUCAUUUGCAAUCACUGCCCAUUUGUUAAGCAUUUGAAGAGGGAUAUUACCAAACUUACAAGUUUCUACAUGGAGAAGGGGCUGGGUGUUGUUGCCAUCUCUUCAAAUUCCACCAUCACCCAUCCACAGGAUGGACCAGAAUUUAUGGCAGAAGAAGCUAAAUUGUUCAAUUACCCUUUUCCCUAUCUGUUCGAUGAGUCACAGGAUGUUGCACGGGCUUUUGGAGCUGUAUGUACACCAGAGUUUUUCCUCUUCAAGAAGGAUGGAAGAAGGCCAUUUGAGCUGUUCUAUCGUGGGCAGUUUGAUGACUCACGACCUAGUAAUAAUGUGCCCAUAACAGGAAGGGACCUAAGUCGCGCAAUAGACUGUGUUCUCAGUGGCCAGCUCCUAACGUCUGCACAAAAACCGAGUGUUGGAUGUAGCAUAAAGUGGCACCCAAAAACGACUUGAGUAGUUCUCCGUGAUGGUGCACUCAGUUCUUCAUGAAUUCCAGAAUACAUGCGCUUCCGAAGUUCUAAAUCAUCUUGGGCAUUGGUUGUUAAUUUUUAUACACGGAGGCAAGCGAGGAUAAGAGGGGGGAAAACCAAUGGGGUUUAGAUAAUAUUUGAUGACAAUAAAGUACCAUUGUGAUUGCCUGGAGGUUGACUGACUACAAUUGUUUAACCCUUUGUUUAUCCGUUCUAGUUCUCUUGCCAUUUUCUGUUCUUAAGCAGGAGUGAAUUUUGUCUGCACUCUUUCUGUUCUCAUGACCGUAAUGCCGAUGAUGUGGACGGUAAAUUUGUUCAGAUUUUCCUGCAAGCUGCCUGACCAAAUGGUUGGAUGCCGGGGGACACAAAUCUUUCUCCAUCAAGAAAGUUGGUACAGCCCUUUGCUAUGAGAGAAAGAAUGUAAUUAUUUUGUGACUGUGACAUCAUAUGCCUCUGUAAAAUCUUUUCCUUCCAUCUUUUAUAUUUGAAGCUCGGUUUUUUGGGUACUACUUUUGUGGCCAAGAGAAGAAACACAUGAAAAACAAGGAAACUUGUCAAUAUUUCUCUUUCCAUUA